CUCAGGUCCGGUUAUACUCAACCGUGUGCGCAAGUUAGUAAGUAACUCAAUAAACCCUAAACCCAAAAGAGUUUUAACGGCGUUAGUUGUUCUUCCGUCGUCCUCUUCGAUUCCCCUUCCUGACCAACUGUGAUUUCACACCGCCUCUCCUCGAAAACGCUAGAAUCAUCAUCGACAUCUUUGAAGCUAAGAAGCGAGGAGGCUCAACAUCUACCGUAGUCUCUCUCUCUCUACCACUUAGCUUCCCUGAGAUGGCUCCAAACUCUAAUGUGGUGUCCAAGAGGCACAGGUCACUGGAGAAAUUUGAUAAGAAACGAGAUACGAAGAAGCAUAAACGUGUUGAAAAAGAGGUUGUUUCCAAUCCUCCAACAGAGGAUCUAGAUUCAUCUGAAGAAGAACCUAUUGAGGACGAACCGGAAGCAAUUGUUCACAGAGAACCGACAACGUACGAUAAUUUGCUGGCAUCUCUCGGUUCAUCCAACAAGGUUGUUGCUGAUAUGAACAAACAAAGGCAGAGAGAGGAGGAAGGCAAAAGCGGCUCAGAAGGAGAUGAAGAUGAGGAAGAGGAGGAAAACAGUGGGUCUGAGGAUCAAAGCUCUACAGAUGGAGAGGAUGAUGAGAUUCAGGGGGAUGAUCAGGAAAGUCUCGGAGGUCUUUCUGAGAACACAGAGCAGGAAAUCAAUGAUAAUCAUAGCGAGGAUGAAGAUUCUGAGGAUUAUGAAACGGAUGAAGAGCAUGAGUUGAGUACCAAUGUCCAUUCUUCUGUAGAUGUCCAUUCAUCUGCUAGUGCAUUUAGUGAGCACCUUAGUCACAAAUUAUCAAGCGAAGAAGUCGAAACUUUACCAAAAGGCAACCGGAAAUUUAAAUGGGAAGCACCUGCCAUUGACAUGCCAAAUUGCAGGUGGCAAGGAACAAGACAAAAUUUCCUUGAUGGUGUUCAGAGUGAUGCAACUUACGGCCUCAAACCUAAGUUAUUUAAGCACUGGCUUCAAUUAUACGAGAAAUCUGGAGGAAAAGAUUUUGAGUCAUCUAAAAGGCGUAGAUUCUUCUCCAUUUGCAACAGCUAUCUGGAUAUUUUGCAUUCUAACAAGAGGCCCUUCUACAAUAGAGGUCCUGAAGAAGACUCAAGUGCCAUGGACGCAUACCUUAUGCAUUCUUUGAAUCACAUUUUUAGAACUAGAGAUCUUGUGAAGAAAAAUGAAAGUAAAAUUGCCAAGAAUCGAGAGACGGCUGAAGAGGAAAUUCUUUCUGAUGAUGGAUUUCUGGACCAAGGAUUUACUCGUCCAAAGGUACUGAUUCUACUACCAAUGAGGAGCAUUGCCUUUCGCGUUGUGAAGAGGCUCAUACAACUAACUCCAGAAUCUCAAAGGGUUAACGUAGAACACCUUGACCGGUUUAAUGCUGAGUUUGGAUGUGAAGACGAUUCUGAUGACGGUGAUGGGAAUUCAAAACCUCAAAAGUCUUCAAAACCUUCUGAUUGGCAAGCUCUUUUUGGCGAGAAGAAUAGUGAUGAUGAGUUUAUGUUAGGCAUUAAGCAUACAAGGAAGAGCAUUAGGCUGUAUGGUGAUUUCUAUUCCUCGGACAUGAUUAUUGCUUCCCCUCUCAAGUUACAUAUGGCCAUUGGUCAAGCAGAAGAUAACAAGGAACGGGAUGUUGAUUAUCUGUCCUCCAUUGAGGUUUUGGUUAUCGAUCAUGCAGACAUAAUAUCUAUGCAGAAUUGGUCGUUCCUUGUUACUGUCGUCGAACACUUAAAUAGAUUGCCCAUAAAGCAACAUGGUACCAGUGUCAUGCGAAUCAGGCCGUUGUAUCUGGAUGGACAUGCACGGUUCUAUCGGCAGUCAAUAAUUCUAGGUUCUUAUUUAACUCCAGAGAUCAAUGCUUUAUUCAAUCACCAUUGCUUGAACUAUAAAGGAAAGAUGAAGCUGGUGUGUGAAUACAAAGGAGUUCUUCAGAAAGUGUUGCUCCCUGUCCGGCAGAUUUAUGAAAGAUUUGAUGCAGACUCCAUGGUCCAAGUCGACGAUGCACGUCUUGAAUAUUUUAGCAAAAAGAUUUUCCCAAAGAUUAAAGAUUCUGUUCAGGGAGGAGUAAUGAUAUUUAUCAAUUCUUACUUCGACUUCGUCAGGCUUAGAAACUUUCUGAAGGCGCAGAACGCCUCUUUCUGCCUUCUUGGAGACUAUACAAAAAAUGCAGAUAUAUCCCGUGCACGUGAAUGGUUUUUUGUAGGAAGCCGAAAGAUCAUGCUGUACACUGAGAGAGCAUACUUCUAUCGGAGAUACAAGAUCCGUGGCAUAAAGAACUUAAUAUUCUAUUCUCUCCCGGAGCGGAAGGAGUUUUACCCUCAGAUAAUGAACAUGCUUGAAGGAUCGCAUGACAUGAUGUCCACUGCGCUUUUUUGUCGUUUUGAUCGGCUCAAGUUGGAAAGGAUCGUUGGGUCUGCUUCCGCAAACAGAAUGAACAGUUCUGAGAAGAACAUCUUUGCUUUUUGUUAAGGACUUGAAAAUGUUCAAGACAAACUGUUGCUAUCUGUAUUUUGGUGAUCUUAAUCGCCCAGUUUUGAUUGUACUUUUUUCUUUUCUGUGGUCAGAUAUACAUCAACCGGCUCAAACCGAUUUAUACAAGAGAACCCAAUUUUAGACGAUAUAUUAAUUUAGUUUU